GUUAUAUAUAAGCAAAAGGGAAUCGAAAUAUCCCUGUUAGUACUUUGUCAGAAUGCUUGCUACUGGAGUUCUAGUGUUUGCGUUUCUUAAUGUAGUCCAAACUUCCUCUCUGUCUGUGGUUACAGAUGAUGAAACAGAAAACUUAACAAGUCCCAACCUUGAUACGUUGGAUUCUAACAAUGUGGACGUCUUUAGACAGCUUCUGAACCAGGAAACCCUCAUCAGAAUGACUUUAGUCAAGAAUGUCCACGCACUAAUGAAAGAUAUGCUGACAUUACAAGAAAAAUUAACUGUGGCCGAAAACAAGAUUUCCAAAAUUCAAACAUCGACUGAUCAUGAAAUAACGGUACUUAAAAAAGAGAUAGAUAUAUUACAAACGGAGAAUUCUUUUUUGAAAAAUCACAGUGCCUUCUGUAAAAAUGAUUUAGAGAACCUGAAUGAAAACUUGGAUUAUGUUACAAAAAGUAUAAGCGAUGUGAAAGUUGAGGUUAGGUAUUUGACUAUUUCGUUAUUUGAUAUUAAUGAUCGCUAUCGUGAAAUGGAAAAGCUGCUUCAGUGUUUUAAUGUAUCUACGGAGAAUAUAAAAUCAGAAAUAGAAGACAACGACCAAAAACAAUCAACAGAACUCUUGGAAAUGAAAACGCAACAUAUGAAAACUAUUGAUGACAUCCGUAACAUCACGAGGACCCUCAAUGCUGACCUAAACCAGUAUAAAACGGAUCAGUGGAGGUUAUCAGAUUCUGUAUCAUCUUUGGAACAGUUCCGAAAUAAUCAGACAAACACUAAAUGUGAUCAAAAACAAGAAGUAGCCUUCACUGCUGGAGUUACAUCGUCAAGCUCCACUUGGAAUAGCGGGACUUUGAUAUUCAAUGUAGUCAUCACGAAUGCCGGAAAUGGAUACAAUCCAAGCACAGGGGUGUUUACCACGCCUAUAGGUGGAACAUAUGUCUUCUAUGUCAGUGCUGUCGAAUACAGUAAACAAUAUCUUAGAAUUGAUAUAGUAUUGAACAGCGUGUCUAAAGUUCGAGCGAUCGGUGUAGACUCUGCAUCAUACCAGACAGGAACUAACAUGGUCGUGUUAGAACUCCAGAAGGGAGAUAGUGUCUGGGUGAAACAUUCUUAUGGGAAAGGCUAUUACAGCGAAAAUGUACCCCUAAUUACAUUAUCGGGGUUUCGAAUUUUAUAGUUUUCAUGGUAUAUUCACAAAAUAUAAGUAUGCUGUAUAUAGUUUUGAAAUUUAGUGUUACCUACUCUUUUCAUUCAAAAAUGUACAUCUGCUACAUUUAUAGAUAGAUAGAUAGAUAGAUAGAUAGAUAGAUAGAUAGAUAGAUAGAUAGAUAGAUAGAUAGAUAGAUAGAUAGAUAGAUAGAUAGAUAGAUAGAUAGA